UAUCAGUCAGAAAUAUAUUUAUCUAUGGUUAAUAAGACAAAAUGGUUGUAGAUCUUUCGUAUUUUGAAAUAUUUUAAAUAGCUUUCGUCAUUUUAAUUAUUUUGAAUAAAGGACAAAAUGCCUGGAACAAGUUUAGUGGUACCUGUGGUGUUGUGGGGUAAACAUGCUCCAACACAUUGUAUAUCUUGUAUAUUUUUAUCCAAAGACCAAAAAACUUUGGCAACAGGUUGUUAUGAUGGCCAAAUUUGUUUAUGGCAAGUGGAUCCUGAUACAUUAGAAAUGAUUCCCAGAUGUUUGUUAGUUGGACACACUGCACCUGUUUUGUGUAUAUCCAAAGCUUCAAUAAUGGUGGAUAACAAUUAUAUUGUGUCCAGUUCUGAGGCUGGUGAGAUGUGUACUUGGGAUAUGACUGAUGGCAAAUGUCGGGAAGUUGUAAAAUUACCUCAAGUUCAUACAAAUAUGCAGUCUUAUCAUAUGUGCAACUGUGAAGAUGUGCGCCUGUUCUGCAGUGGAUAUUAUCCAGAAAUUCUUGUCAUGGAUCCUUUUAGCUUAGAAAUUUUAUUUACCCUCUCAUCAAAACAAAAUCCUGAUUGGAUUAGUGCAUUACAUGUGCUGAGACCUGUAAAACGCAAGGAUGAUGUUGUGUUAGCUAUAACAACCACUGGAAUGGUAAAGGUUUGGACAUUACUGGGCCAUGAAAAUAAACACUCAGAGCCAAUUUAUGAAAAUGAAAGCAAACAAAUAAGGACGUUAAAUGCAGUUUGCUUACAGUGUUGCGCCUACAAUCAAAGGACUGUGUUAGUUGUUUGUACCAAAUAUUGGCAAAUAUAUGAUGCCGGAGAUUUCAGCGUUUUGUGCUCGUAUUUGGCACCUAGAGGUGAAAGAUGGAUGUCAGGUGAUUUUUUAGCAGUUGAUAGGAUCAUUAUGUGGUCCGAUGCUGGAAAAGGUUAUUUGUAUAAAUUACCUGCCAACAGUACUCCAGAUCAUAAAGAUUUUCAUACCGUGAGUGUGGAAAAUGACAGUCCAUUUUUAUACUGUUUGCUUAGUCAAGCAGAUGGAAAGCCUUUAUCAUGCCCUCCUGCUAUGCGUCUUGUUACCACACAUAGAAAUGGUCAAGGUAAACGUUAUUUGUUAAGAGGAGAUUCGCAAGGCAGUGUCCUCCUAUGGGCUAUUCCUGACAUUUCUGCUGCGCAGUUAGCGGCAAUCAGAUCGCAAGCCCCACCACAGCCUGUUACCUCUUCUGCCACAUUGCUUACAAGUUUGACAAAAGCUUGGAGUUCAGUAAAGCCAGAUCUAGUUGGUAUAUUAGAUCAAAUAGAAAAACAAGAAGGCCAAUCAAUCAAGCUUACGGCGAGCAUUUACUUACCAUUGCAAAGUCGUUUAGUAGUUGGCAGGGAAGAUGGCACAAUUAUUAUAAUUCCUGCCACACAAACUGUGAUGUUACAAUUAUUACACGGUACCCAUCAACAAUAUCGUAAUUGGCCGUCACAUCAGGUUUUAACGGGACACCAUGGUCGAGUUAAUUGUUUGUUACAUCCUCAUCGAGAACAUCCACGUUAUGACCGUAACCAUUUGGUUUCUGGAGGUGUCGAUUUUGCCGUUUGCCUGUGGGAUCUCUGUGCCGGCACUCUUCUACACCGAUUUUGCGUCCAUGCUGGUGAAAUAACGCAGCUCUUGGUACCUCCUAAUGAUUGUAGUGCCCGAAUUCAGAAAUGUAUUUGUUCUGUGGCUUCUGACCAUUCUGUCACACUUUUAAGUCUUGCAGAAAGAAAGUGUGUUUGCCUGGCAUCGAGACAUUUAUUUCCGGUGACAACAAUAAAAUGGCGAUCUAAAGAUGACUUUAUAAUAAUUGGAUGCUCAGAUGGAACUGUUUAUGUUUGGCAGAUGGAAACUGGACAUUUAGAUAGGGUCUUACAAGGGAUUGCAGCCGAAGAAGUAUUAUAUGCAUGUGAAGAAGAACAUGAGGCUACUAAUUCCGAAGUAGGAUUAGCGAAUCCUGCAGUGCACUUUUUCAGAGGCCUUCGUCACCGGAACCUUUCUGCUAUCCGUCAUGCAACUCAGAGAGGACUCCAUCAAUUGCAACAACUGGGCACUCAUGCUAAUAAUGAUGAUCCUCAUAUGCAACGAAAUCACGGCCAAACUCCCCUUGUUGUGCAAGGUUUUCACACUAAUCCAAAAGAUCCUGAAAGCCACAUCUUGUUCUUUGACAUUGAAGCAUUAAUCAUUGAAUUAUUGAGCGAAGAAUAUGCCAUGAUGUCACCAGGUAGCUUGGAGGCCGCUGGUCUUACCUCACAUACUGAAUACAUGAAGAUGUUAGCAGUCACACAAAGUGCUAGUCCAGACGCUCAUAAAAAAAUUGCAGAAUUUUUUGGAAAAGUAAAAGACAAGGCCGAAAAUAUGGAGAGGAUCAUAAAAGAAAAAGACAAACAUGGUAUAUUGGCAAAAAUGAAGGAAGGCGCUGAGACAGUACACACUAAAAUUCAAGCCAAAGCCGAGAGUGUCUUAAAAGGAGGUGAUAACUGCAAAGACAGCAAUGAUAAUUCGAGGCAAGUGGUCAAGCCUGGAUCUCUGGGGGUGCUUGACACGUCGCAUGGUAUGGAAAUUGCACAGCUACUUCUAUCUCUGUUGCAUUCUUGGGGCCUAGAUGAUGAUCUUGAUCGCGUUUGUCAAGUAAAACUGGGCUUACUGAGACCAAUGGUGCCUAUAUCAUUUGGUGUACUGUCCAAAGCAAAUCAUAUGUCGCUGUUCCUUCCUACAUGGCACAAUACAAUUCCCAUUGAUGAUGAUUUCGGGUUAGACCACUUAGGAUUAGCAGACAGCUUACCUCCCGAGCUUUUAAGAAGAGAAAAGAUUUGUCGUGUAUUUACCAGUAUAACUCAUUGGGAACUAAGUACAACUUUAACGACUAACCAUCUACUAGCUGUGAUUGCCUUAAGUCACACCCUUAUGAGCAUGAGCAAUGCAACAUUCAUACCUGAACAAGAAAGAAAUCGAAAGCUGCAUAGGGCGUCAACAAGACUUAAUUGGAGUAAAACAGAUGAGGAACAGGAGGAAAUAUACACCCAGCAGCAAGCCCAAAUUAAGCAAGGCUGGUCUCUUUUAGCAACAUUGCACUGUGUUUUACUUACAGAUAAAGUGGUUGAACAUGGUGCUAAACAUUUCAAAAAACCUCAGGUUGAAAUGAUGGCAAAACGAUGGCAGCAUCAUUGUGUAGAAGUUAGGGAAGCUGCACAAACAUUGCUUUUGGCAGAAUUGUCUAGGAUGGGCCCAAAAGGGAGAAAAAUACUAGUAGAUUCUUGGGCGCAAUAUCUUCCUUUGUACACGCAAACUGAAACUAUUAACCAGCAAGCCGCUUCUCCACCUAUAGGACAGAAUAAUGUAAAUUCGAGUCCUACGCCAAAUACACCGGACUCAGUGGAUGAAGAAUUUGAAGAAGAAGAAGAGCAAGAAGUUCGAAAACCGUCGAGUCUCUCGGAAUUGAAAAAGAAACAAUCAACUGCUGUCAUUUUGCUGGGUGUAAUAGGAGCAGAAUUUGGCCAAGAUAUUACAAGUACUGAGAAUAAUAAGAAGAGAAUAAGUGAUGACAGAAGGAAGAGUUCAUUUGUUGAAGGAUUUGGUUCAGGAAAUAACAAUUUGGCACGAUUGACAGCUAUGGCGCUUUCCCAUUUGCUUUUAGCGCCUCCUACCCCACGUCUGCCUGCGCAUAUUCCACUGCGCCGAGCAGCAAUUGACCUCAUCGGGCGGGGUUUCACUGUGUGGGCACCUUUCCUUGAUAUUAGCAAAGUACUAUUAGGUUUAUUAGAAUUGUGCUCGGAGGCUGAUAAACUAGUUCCUAGUAUGACAUACGGACUUCCUUUAAAUGCACAAGCUGAUUCAUGCAGGACGGCUAGGCACGCCUUGACCUUAAUCGCCACUGCAAGGCCAGCAGCAUUUAUAACUACUAUGGCUAAAGAAGUGGCCCGCUACAAUGCGAUGCAACAGAAUGCACAAACUCUCAACAUUAAUAUGAAUAACAACGUAUUGCAUAAAGCCAAACCUGAAAUUUUAAGAGGUGUUGAACUACUUAUUGAAAAGAUGCAGACUGAAAUGAGUGACCUUCUAGUCGAGUUGAUGGACAUUAUCCUUCACUGUUUGGAUCCGAGUCAAAUCAAGAAUAAAGGAUUGCAGGAGGUAUUUCCUGCUGUAUGCAAGUUUAAUCAGGUGUCACACUGUUCGGCCACAAGAAGAAUAGCAGUUGGAUCGAAUAGCGGGUCACUGACGAUUUACGAAUUAAGACAAAGUAAAUGCACAACCAUUCCAGCGCAUUCUGGUGCAGUAACAGCAUGCGCCUUCAGUCCAGAUGGAAAAUUUUUGGUUAGUUACGCUUGUUCAGAAAACAAACUAAGUUUCUGGCAGACCAGCACAGGCAUGUUUGGUUUGGGGCAGGCGCAAACCAAAAACGUUAAAUCUUAUAGUACGGCACCAAUUGCGGAUGUUGCUCGCCUCAAUCCAAUGCGACUCGCCCGCCUUAUAUGGAUAAAUAAUCGUACUGUCACACUCAUGUUGGCGGAUGGCUCAGAGACCCGAUUUAAUGUUUAAAUGCUUUAGAAGUUAACGGUCGCAAUAAUUUUUUGAACAAUCUUGUGAGGCAUUUGUAAAAAUGCCAACAUAAGUAUGUUAAAGCUUGUUGAAAAAAAAACAGAAAUGUAACAUAUUUUUCAAAUUUUAAAUGUAAAAAAGAGAUGGGCGCACAAUGAAUGUUCAUUACCAAUAUUAUAGAUAUGUAUCCUAUACAGGAUGUCCCAGGAAUUGCAACGAGAUACAAUAUUAAAAAGAUUAAGGGUUUUUCCUAGAUUAUAAAUCGUGCUAUGAGUUACGCGAUUGUGAUUGCUUCCAGAUGAAGUGUUAUGACAUAAUCGGAUUAAAAAUAAUUUUAUGAAAAAACUAAACACAACGAUAUGAUGUAGAUGUAGGCGGUAAAUUUUAAUUCAUAACCACUGAAUUACUAAAGUACAUCAGAUUUAAUUUUAUUGAGAUUCUUUUAAUUUACGGCUUAGGUUAUAUGGAGUAUAUAAACCUAAAGUUUAGAGUAUAAUACUACAUUAUAAAAACUAGAUAUUAUAUACUUUUUUAAUUGGAUUAAAUUAAAAUCGUUUGGUUUGCAUGGGUAGCAUUGAUUUCUUGGUCAAUAAACAUUCGCGUCCGAAUAUUUAUUUGUCAGCAAAUUUGGUAUGUUUCCGUCAUUUUGCUAUGUAAUUCGUGCGAAAUAAAAAAUAAUUCAUCACAAUAGCACUUUGUGUGCUAUCGUAAUGUGCGUAAAUUGAUUAUUCAAUCGACAAAGCAAAAAAAAAAUUUAAAUAGAUAUAAAAAUGUCUUUAUCAUUUUUUACAUCGUCCGAACAUUUAGUUGUUAGGGCUGUAGUUGUUUAUUUUUGAAUAUUUUGUGUUUCUCUGAGUAUAAGAAAAAAUCGUAGAUAGCGUUACUUAACAGGAGCCUGGAUACUGACCAUGUGAUAAGGAUUCUCUUAAUAAUUGUUUUUCUUCUAAAUUUGGUUUAGCAAUCCUGUUGUUGUUUGUAUGUCGCUUCUUUUUUGUUGAUGUAAAUGUCAAUUGUUUGACCAAUUUUUUGUUUGCUGGUUCUAAAAAUUAAUUCUUUCUAUGUCUGUUCUUAUACUCACAUUCAGGCAAUAUGGAAUUUGUUUUUAAAGAAUUCAGCACUUUUAAGUUUUUUAACAUAACAUCAUAUUCAUCGGAAGUGUAAUGUUUCUUAUUAAGGUUUGUAGUUAAAUUUAAGGCAGCAUUUUUUACCAAUAUUUUCUUUUUUUCUGUAUCUGAGACAAUGGAAUUAUUGGAGACAUGUGAUGAACU